GCGGGUGGGGCGGGGCACGCCGAGGGGGCGUGGCGCGGCGUCUGCGCAGCUGCCAGCGCCUUUAAGCCCGGGCUCGCGCGGCCGGAGCGUGCUUUCGCCGCCCGGGAGCCUUCCGGCCCAGUAGCUUCUAGGUCCCCGCCGUCCCCGCUGUCCCGCCCCUUCCGCGUCCCGGGAACCGGCUCGCUUCUGAGCGGCACGCAUCGAGCUUCCAGGCAUGCCUCGCUACGAGCUGGCUUUAAUCCUGAAAGCCAUGCAGCGGCCAGAGACUGCUGCUGCUUUGAAGCGUACGAUAGAGGCCCUGAUGGACAGAGGAGCAAUAGUGAGGAACUUGGAAAACCUGGGUGAGCGAGCACUUCCUUACAGGAUCUCCGCCCACAAUCAGCAGUACAACAGUGGCGGGUAUUUCUUGGUGGAUUUUUAUUCACCCACCACAACUGUUGAAAGCAUGUUGAAUCACUUGUCUCGAGACACAGAUGUCAUUAGAGGGAAUAUCGUCAAACACCCUCUGACCCAGGAACUAAAAGAAUGUGAAGGGAUUGUCCCAGUCCCACUUGAAGAAAAAUUAUAUUCCACAAAGAAGAGGAGGAAGUGAGAAGAUUCGCCACAUUUUAACUUUAUGUGUAAUCCCUUCACAUUUGAGCAGCAUGGACGAGAAGGAAUAGUUUGCGGGCUUGGCCUUUAUGUAAGCGUGUGUUUCAGGUGCUGUUUGAUUUUUCUAAGGUAUUUUUAGCCCUUGAUCCCCUUUGCUGUGAGAGGUGGGGAACUGCUCACUGACAGCUUCUCUGUAAUCUGAAGUACCAGUGGGUCAUUCUUGAUUGUGUUUUCAUUAAUGUCAUUUCUUUGUCGGUGAGGACAUUAAAACAGUAUCAUCAUUUUGAAGAGCAGAACUUAUAAUACCUCCUGGGAUUGGGAGCUAGUCAUUCAGCCUGUAUGACCAUGCAGAAAUAAAAGUGGAAGACCAGUGUCUUCUAUGGGCAACUUUUGCUUUGAGUAAUAAACUUGAUUGUAGAAAUG